CCUUUUUUACUUCACUACCAGCGAAGCUGCAACGGAGGAAGCGAGGAGCAAAAAAAUAAGCCUGGAAUUAAUAUCGCACAUUUAAAAAAAAAAAAAGGAAAGAAGAGUCCUCCGUCUGUCACCCCAUGCUGCUGUAGUGUAUUCCCUCACAGAGUGCUGGAGAUAUCAUGGAAACUGAAUGAUGAGGAGUUUUUUGCUGGACAGUAGCUGACAGACUGAACCAUGGCUCAGUUUCCCUCGCCCUUCGGAGGGGGGUCGGAUACAUGGGUAAUAUCUGUGGACGAGAGAGCCAAACAUGACCAGCAGUUCCAUAGUCUGACCCCCACACCUGCUGGCUUCAUCACAGGUGACCAGGCAAGAAAUUUCUUUCUGCUGUCAGGUUUACCAGCCCCCAUCCUCGCCCAGAUAUGGGCCCUGGCCGACAUGAACAACGAUGGGAAGAUGGACAUGCAUGAAUUUUCCAUCGCAAUGAAGCUGAUUAAAUUGAAGCUGCAGGGUCACCCCCUCCCUCCUUCACUGCCCACCUCCAUGAAGCAGCCUCCCAUCUCUAUACCCUCACAGCCCCCUUUUGGGAUGCCCAGUAUGGGGGCAAUGCCAGGCCUGCCAGCAGUGCCACCCAUGCCGCUGCCCCCUCUGCCCCCAAAAGUGCCAGGAGUAGGCGUGUCUCCACCACUGGUAGGAUCAGGGACCCCAGCGGUACCAUCUCUUGCUAACGGAGCGCCCACUAUGAUGCAACACAUGGGUGGAUUCUCAGUUCCAGCUUCGUUCAAUCGUUCCAGUAUCAAGCUACAGAAGGGCUCAUCUGUAGAGGCACCCAGUGCUCCGGCUGCUCCUCCACCCACUGACUGGGCCGUGCCUCAGUCCUCGCGGCUCAAGUACCGCCAACUCUUCAACAGCCAUGACAAAAUGAUGAAUGGUUAUCUCACAGGUCCACAAGCCAGAACUAUUCUAAUGCAGUCCAGUCUACCACAUGCCCAGCUGGCAACUAUCUGGUGCGGAUCCAACACUUUUUUUUUUUUUAUACUGUCUCUGUCUCUCUAUUACAAUUAUAACGAUAAGAAGUCACAGUUGGAGGGUAAACUGCAGGACAUUCGUUUCCGUCUCUCGGCUCAGAGGCACGAGAUCGAGAGCACCAAUAAGACGCGAGAGCACCGCAUUUCUGAGAUCACCAGCCUACAACAGCAGCUGCAGGAGUCUCAGCAGUGGUUGAGUCGGUUGAUUCCUGACAAACAGUGUCUGAAUGACCAGCUGAAGCAGGUUCAGCAGAACAGUCUGCACAUGUUAUAA